AUGGCUACUAGUGAAUCUUUGAAUCAAAGACAACAGAAUCCUCUUCCGAACGACGUUUCAGACAAUAAAGAAGAUAUCCAAUUAAUUUGGCUUGAUGGAAAUAUGAAUGAUUCAGAUGAUUAUCUUCUCACUCAAACAAUGUUAACUGAACUCAAUCCAGCUGUUCAGUUUUAUUCUCAUUUUGAUCGAUGUCUCGAUUUUAUCAAGUCAAUCAAAAAUGAACAAAUCUUUCUUAUUGUUUCAGGUGCUUUUGCUCAACGGAUACUUUUACAAAGUCAUCAUUGUCGAUCUUUGGUUGCUAUAUUUAUCUUUUGUUCAAACCAUCAACGUUAUAAACCAUUAAUGGAAGAAUAUAAUAAAAUUAUUGGAAUAUUUACUGAUCAAGAUGAUUUAUUAGAAUCCAUACGGGAAAAAAUGAAUCUAGUUGAAAAACAAACAUUAACAUUUAGUCUUUUUGAUCAAAAACAAAAAUCAAUGAAAGAUUUAUCACAAGAAUCAGCAUCAAUUCUAUUACAUCAAAUGUUAAUUUAUGUUCUAAAACAAAUGUCACAAGAUGAACAAUCGAAACAACAAAUGCUCGAUAUGUGUCGUGAUUAUUAUAAAAAUAAUAAAGAAGAACUAAAGAAGAUUGAAGAAUUUCAAAAUACUUAUACUUGUAACAAAGCAAUUGAAUGGUAUACACAUGAUUGUUUUCUUUAUAAACUAUUAAAUAAAGCACUUCGAACUGAAGAUAUUGACUUACUCUUUACUUUUCGAUUCUUUAUUAUUGAUUUAUGUUCAGCUAUUGAACAAGAAAAUCAACUUUUAAAAAAUAGAGGAACAUUAACUUUGUAUCGUGGAACACAAAUUCCAAGAGAAGAAUUUGAAAAAAUAAAACAAAAUAUCGGUAAAACUAUUUCAACAAAUGGGUUCUUAUCAACAUCUAGGAAUAUCGAUGUAUCACUUGUAUUUAUUCCUAUCAAUUCUCAAUCAAAUGAUUUUACAUCGGUCCUAUUUGAAAUUAAAGCAGAUCCAUUAUUGAAAACAGUAAUUUUUGCUGAUAUUGAAAAUAAAAGUCGAAUACAAGACGAAGAAGAAGUUCUAUUUAAUAUCAAUUCACUCUUUAAGAUUGUUUCUGUAUGGUUUGAUCCUGAAUUUUAUAUAUGGAAAGUAGAAUUAAAUGCAACUGAAGAAGGUGCAGAAAAAGUUGAAGAAUAUCUAUUAUUAUCGAAACAACAGAUGGAAGAAUUGUCACCGCUUAUUUAUUUUGGUAGACUUCUCAUGAAGGAAUUAGGUCAAGUAGAUCGUGCAGGAAAAUAUUUUAAUAUGCUAUUGAAAUCACUUCCACAUGAUCAUCCUGAUAUUGCAGCUGUUUAUAAUAAUAUUGGUGUAGUACAUAAGAGGAGAAAUGAAUUGAAUUUGGCAUUGAAAAACUAUGAGAUAGCUUAUGAGAUGCGUCAAAAACAACUACCUUCAAAUCAUCCUCAUAUUGCUGGUUCACUCAACAAUAUUGGUCUUAUUUAUAAAGAAAAAGGUGAUUUUAAUACAGCACUCGAUUAUUUUCAACAAGCUUUGAGAGUUUACGACAACUUAUAUCCUGGUAAUAAUCUACAAAAAGCAGGUACAAUUAAAAAUAUUGGGAUAGUAUACAAGGAUAAAGAAGAUUUCGAUACGGCUCUUACUUAUUUCUUUCAUGCUCUGGAGAUGUAUAAACGUGUUCUCCCUCAUCAACACUCUGAGAUAGCACGAUGUCUCGGUUCAAUAGGAUCUACUUAUGAGAAGAAAGAUAAUUUUGAUAUUGCUCUGGAUUAUUAUCAACAACGAUUAAAUAUGGACGAACACUGUUUACCUUUCGACCAUUCAGAUCUUUCAUUUGAUCUCGAUUUGAUCAUUAAUACUUAUAAAAAGAUGAAUGAGAUUGACAAAGCCUUAGAUUUGUGUCAACAAAAGCGUCUUAAUCAAAAAACUAGAUUGGGUGAAAAUCAUCCUCGUAUUGCUCGAACAUUAAUGAACAUGGCUAAUUUAAUUGAGGACGACAAUUCAAACGAAGCAUUAAAAUACUAUAAACAAGCUCUAUUUGUAUUGGACAAUUGCACACCAUUGGAUCAUCAAGUCACUUCUCAAUGUUUGAUAUCAAUGUCUUGUUUAUAUUCCAAAUCAUCACCAACAAAUUUAGCUAAUGGUACAUCAUUAUUCUUAUCAGUUGAACCCAGUGUCUCCUACAAUCUGCCAACAUUCAGUCCAUGUGCACUAUGGGAUACUGCUGGUACUGUUUUCGCAGAUCAAAAUACAAUUGGAUAUAAUUUUGUCGGUAUAUUUGUUGAUAUCACUAAUAUUGUUUACUUCGCAGAUACAUCCAAUGAUCGUGUUCUUGUAUGGUCAGGAAGCAGUGGAACUCUAAUAGAAACUAUUUCUGGUAAUUUAUACCAACCGAUGAGUCUCUUUGUAACAAUGAAUGGUGAUAUAUAUGUCGAUAAUGGAAACCUAUAUAAGGAAGUAGAUAUAUUGACCUUGAAUGCAACAAAUGGAACCAAAGCGAUGUCGGUAUCUAAUGCUUGUUUUGGAGUUUUUGUCGAUUUGAAUAAUACUCUGUACUGUUCAGUUCGAUACCAGCAUCAAGUUAUUAAGAAAUCCCUGAAUGUUUCUGGAUAUUCAUAUAACAUCACAGCAGGAACUGGCCGUAGUGGAAAAGGACUGAAUCAACUAGAUGAACCUCAAGGUAUAUUUGUCGACCUCAACUUCAAUUUAUACGUAGCAGAUUCAGAUAACAACAGGAUCCAAAAAUUUGCACCAGGAUCCACUAUUGGAACAACUGUAUCAACGGGAUUGAUUACACUUACUACUCCGACCGAUGUUGUUCUUGAUGCAAAUGGUUAUCUAUUUAUUGUAGAUUCGCAGGGAAAUCGCAUUAUUGGAUCAGGAUCAGAUGGAUAUCGAUGUAUCCUUGGAUGUCCUGAUUCAAAUGGAAGUAUAUUGUAUCAGUUUAACAGGCCACAAAGUCUUAGUUUUGAUAGUUAUGGAAAUAUAUAUGUAACUGAUAGAGACAAUGCCCAAAUUCAAAAAUUUCAACUCGCAAGCAAUUAUUGUGAUUCUACUUCAACGGAAAGUAUUACAACUACGGCAAUUACGACAACUUUGAAUGUAGAAGAAACAACAAGUAUAGAAUUAACUUUAUCAUCGACAAUAAUCACAUCAGAUGCAACAAGUAUAGAUUCAACUGAAUUCAUAUUAAAUGAUGAUACGACAUCAACAACAACACCAACUACAACAACAAUAUCAACAACAACAAUACCAACUACACCAACAACACCAACAACAACACCACCAACGACAACCAUACCAACGACAACAACAAUACCAACAAUACCAUCAACAACAACACCACCAACAACACCAUCAACAACAACCAUACCAACGACAACAACAAUACCAACAACACCAAUAACAACAACCAUAACAACGACAACAACAAUACCAACAACAACGACAACAAUACCAACAAUCAAUGACGAAACUUCAACACAAAUGAUUAUCAAUCCAAUUUUAUCAACUAUAGCGACAAAAAUAACAGAUAAAAUAGAUUUAGUUCCUAUUGAAACAACGGAAACUGAUGAUACAACAAUAAGUGAAAUACGUUCAACUUUAAAAAUAACGACAAAUUCAAUUCUCACAUCCGUCAUGGAAACAGAUAUUGAUACAGUUGCUACUUCAACAACUGACAAUGACUAUACAACAAUUAUCGAAACUACAUCAAAUUCAGAAAUAAUAACAAGUACUGAACCAAUUCUCUCAACAAUGAUCGACGUACAAACAAAUGUAGAUUCCACUCAAUCAACACAGAUGGAUGAUACAACAAUUUUAACUUCAGAAAUGAUAACAAAUAUCGAUUCGACUCUUUCAUCAACAAUAAAUCAAAUUAUUGAAGAUUCUACUCAAUUAAUACAAAAUAAUGAGAUGACAUCCAUCGAAUCUACUAUUAAUCAAGAAACGUUAAUAUACUCAACAUUUUUAUCUGAAAUAACAAGUACAACACAUGAAAUAAACAUCGACUCUACUCAACCAAUCACAACUGAAGACACAUUAACUUCGACUAUAGAUAUAACAACGACCGAUAUUUCAAUCGAUUCAUCCAUGAUGAUACUAACAACAGAUCAGAUGAGUACAGAUUCUUUACAAUCUACCGUUGAGAAUAAUAAUACCACCAUUGAUACUCUACAAAUGAUUUCAAGUACUGAUUUAAUUGACACAUCAACAAUGUCUUUACCAUCAGAUGAAGUUUCUACUUCUAUACAAAACAAUGAUCCAAUUACUUCAACUAUACCAGAAACGACAAUCCUUAGUUCAAUUCUUUCAUCAACAAUAACAACUGAACAAAUAGAUAAUGAUUCUACACAAACGACAUACAUGAGUACAACAACUUCUGAAGAAACAAUUAUCGAUUCAACUUUUUCAUCAACUAUUAUCAUGUCAACAGAUACAACAAAUGCUGAUUCAACUGAAACAACAACAAAUGAAUCUACAACAAUGAUCGAAACAUCUCCUAUACCAGAUACGACGACAACGACAAGCACUAAUUCAAUUGUUACCUCAACAUUGAUAGACACGCAAUAUCAUACAGAUUCAACACAAGACUCUAGUACAACAACUACACCUUUACAAAUAAUGACAAGUACUGAAGAUUCAAUGCUUUUAUCAACAACACCGAAUGUAUCAAUAUAUCAAACAAAUACAAGUACUAUACAAUCAACACAAAAUUCAACUAUACCAUCAGUUAUAACAACAAACACAACAACAGCAACAUUAUCAUCAGUGACAACACCGACCACAGCAACAUCAUCAGCAUCAUCAACAACAAGCACAACAACAACCACAACAACAGAUACACCAUCAUCAUCUUCAUCAACAACGACCACAACAACAGAAACAUCAUCAGCAUCUUCAUCAACAACAACAACAACCACAACAACAACAACCACAGCAACAACAACAACAACAACAACAAC